UUUUUUAAAUUUGACAAAUGGACUUUGAUUUGAAUAAUCAAGAUCUGGUUCAAGACCACGAAGAGAAAAUAUGAGAUCCAGAUGAUGCCAAACCAGCCAUCACUGGUAAUGAUGCUCACUCCGGAGGGGAUAACAGUGACAGUGAGAAAGAAGACCAACAGGAGGAGGACUUUAAAGUUGAUGAUAGCUGUCCACUUGAAGAGCAAUUUCCUAUGAGAAAUACCUUCACAUUCGGCGAUUUGACUAUUUCGAGUAAUUUUGAUGCUGGAAAUUUAAGAAAAUGAGUCAAAGCCACCACUUGUUCUGGUAUAAUUCAAAAAGAUAAAAGUUCGGUCAAAGAUAAUGGUGACGAUUGAACUAAUAAGUUUGAUAUGUGGAUAUCCUGUGAUGGUCUCCCAUACAGGACAUCCGGGAUGCGCACUUGGUUCUAUUUUUAUGUUCUAGGAGCAAAGAAAAACCAAAAAUUAAAAUUCUCAGUCAAAAAUAUGAACAAUCAAGGAAAAUUAUUGAAAAUGGGACUUAGGCCUGUAUAUAGAGUAAUUCCUAAAGGAAAGUACUGGCAAAAAGUUUCAGGAAAUACUACCUGGAGCAAAGGGCAAUAUGGCCUAGAGGUGAAUUUCGAGCAUACUUUCACAGCCGGACCUUCAGAAAGAGUCUAUUUUGCCUUUACUUAUCCUUUCAGCUAUCAUGACAUUCAACAGAAAACAUUAAAAAUUGAACAAAAACUUGAAAAUAAAAGCAAAUAUGAUCAUGUUUAUUAUCACAAAGAGCUUCUUGGGAGAUCUAUUGAAAAUAGAAGAGUUGAUCUCAUCACUCUAACCUCUAAAACAGGUAUGACUGAAGAACACGAAGAUCUGAUCGAGAACUGAUUCCCAGAGCAUGAGGGGGAUAAAUCAAAAAGACCGUUUAAAUUUGAAAAUAAAUAAGACUGUAUUUCUUUCUGCAAGAGUUCAUCCAGGGGAAACUCCUGCCUCUUUUGUAUUAAACGGGAUAUUUGACAUCCUUCUUAACACUAAUCGGCCAUACGGGAAGUAUUUAUUGGAUUUAUUCGUGUUCAAGAUCAUUCCAUGCUUGAAUCCUGAUGGUUGCUCUAGAGGUUACUUCAGGCUCGACACAAAGUGACAGAAUUUGAAUCGGUAUUAUCAGAAUCCUACAAUCGAGAAACAGCCGACGAUUUAUGUGACGAAGCAAGCUAUUAUUCAGCAGUCUAAUUAUGGAGUUCUACAGUAUUACAUAGACUUACAUGCUCAUGCCACUAAGGUUGGGUGUUUUUUGUUCGGAAAUGCACAUAAAGCAGAACGAAUGUUAGACAACCUCAUGCUUGCUAAAAUGAUUUCAAUGAAUUCUCUAAACUUCGACAUUACUGAAUGAUGCUUUUCUGAGAAAAACAUGAAGGUUAAAGACUCUAAAAGCGGUCUAUCAAGGGAAGGAAGUGGCAGAGUUGGGAUUUACAAAGCAACCGAUUGCACUCAUUGAUAUACUCUGGAGUGAAACUAUGCAUCUGGAAAGAAGUUAUCUCACCUGCCUCCGAAAUACAAUAAGGAGAAGAAAAUAAUUGAGCCAGAAUCAUACAUAACUGAUCCUAAAAGCUAUAUGUACAGGAACAAGCCACCAGUGUAUAAUAUAGAUAUCUUCGAGAAUAUUGGAAGAGCAACUAUGAUAUCUUUCCUAGACUUGGCUAAUAAGAACCCUAUAUCCCGAGUGCCAAAAUCUAUUUAUAAAGAUGUUGAAAAUAUGCGUCUGGAGCUUUCCCUUCAGAACAAUAUAAAUGUAGCAGAAGCUAAGAAAAGAAAGGAAGUGCUGCUCCGGAAAUAAGCUCGAGCAACAAGAAAGAGCUACUCAGGGACCUCAGCCUUGGGUCCAUAAAAGAGCAGUAAUCACUCCUAAUACUUCUAACAGGAUCAGUAAACUUCAUCGAGGGCAAUCCUGUAUCGGAGCAGAUAUAGUUAUCAAUAAGGAAGAAGAGAAGCCUACUAGGUCUGCUAAGCCUAGAAGUAGUUCAUUAAAUCACCAUAAUACGAAUAAAUCUAGGAAGUUACUAAGAAAACAAGGCACCAAAUAUACUAGAAAUUCAAAUCAUCUGUCGAUAAAGCAGCGUAAGAAAGGCCAGGAUGAUCGUGAGAAAGAGAUGAGGAAUACCAAGGAGCUUAAUUGUGCCAAGAUUGACAAUAUCAAAGAAAAUCAAGCUAUAAACCCUCAUAACCAAAGCCAUUUCAGAUUAGAAAAAUAAGUUGAAGAGGAAAUUGGUAAAUAAGAAUUACAAAAAUGGGUCAGUCAAAGGAAUCGAUGAGUUCCUUAGAUCAAGAUCAAAGCAGCCAAGACAAAGUGUCAAAUUAUCAGAGAUUAAUCCGUGUAUCUCCACCUGUGGGUAUAACAGAAGACAAGAUAUGGGACAGUUUAGGAACCCUAUGGAAAAUCUAGAUGACUCAGAAAUAUAUCCUCCUAACACCAAUGGUCAGAAUAUUUUUAAAAACUCUUCAUCUAAUUCAAAUAGCAGGGUUGGAAAACGGAAUGCGAGCCACAUAAUCAAUGGCCAUCAGAACCUUACGGGAGAGACUGACUCCUACUUCAGGACAGGUCAGGAUCAUAUAGAUGAGUAUCCUGAUUUUCCACUAGAGAUAGAAAAUGAGAUAAAAUAUUUGAAUAAGCCGAACCUCACCCACAAGGAAAUCAUUAUGCAAAAUAGACAACUUGCUCAGAACUAUCCAAGAUUGGGCAAAUUUGAUGACAGAAGUUUGGAUGAAAGAGAUUGCUGGGAAAAUAGAGAGUACGUCCAGCAACACCAUUUGAACGAAUCCACCCAGAAUUCGUCAAAGGUUAUGGAUAUCUCAGAUUCUAGCAGAAGUAGAUUUAUGAGCAAUCAACUGACAGAUCGACAAGUUGUUAGAAAUUGAAAUAAGGUUGACAUCAAGUACCAAUUUCCACAGAUAGCUCAUAAAUCAAAAUACACCAAAUAGCAUCUUAAAUUCUAAUGGAAGGAUUCAGUUCAUGCCUCCUUCAAUUCCUGGUCCUAAUGCUUGCACUGCUGUGAAGACAGGGAUGCUGAUAAUCGGAGGUAAUUCUAUAGGACCUGGAUCUAGUUAUUACAAAGAUCAGAAGAUAUUAAAGAAGUUGAAAAGAAGAAAGACGUUGUCAAAGAUGCGCAACAAUAAAAAGAUAAUAGUGAACAACUAAAGCUCUACAUAUUCAUAGUUAU